AUGGCAGCGGGCUGCGAGGAUCGCGGCGGAUGGGACGGCAUGCAAUGCCAAGGAAGAGAGGAUGGAGGGGCUGGUGAUGACGCUGCACAGGAUUGGGCGGCUGGUGAUGACGCUGCAGGGGAUGGGGCGGCUGGUGAUGACGCUUCAGGGGAUGGGGCGGCUGGUGAUCACGCUGCAGGGGAUGGGGCGGCUGAUUAUGGCUCAGCAGAAGCGCCCACCGAGGCAACAGCCGACUGCAGUGCUCCACGUCCAACUCUGUCCCCCCUCAGUGUCGUCCCGACCCCUCUAAUCAGAAGGCAUGCAGCCUACCUUUCGACCUAG